AUGGCGACUCCAGAGACUCGCCCAUGGCCGUUUACCCGAGUGUUCUACAGUCCAGAGAAGACUGUUGUUGUUUCUGGGCCACACGUAUUGGUUUUUGACUCCAAGUCUGGGGAACUCCAACGCUCGACGGCACGACUGGGCGAAAGGGAUCAGGAGGAUAUCUCAAAAGCUGGGCCUAUCCAAUGUGUUGCUGUCGAUCCCGCAUUCAAAUACGUCGCGACGGUUGGAGACGACAAACUCCUCAAAAUUUGGGAACUUGAAGGUGGAGAUGAUGUUGGAGGAUUGAAGCUGUUCAAUUCCAGAGAACUCCCCAAAAAGCCUACCGGCCUCUUAUUCACAAAAGACUCGCAAACGAUCCUGACCUCAGACAAGUUCGGAGACGUCUUCAGUUAUCCCCUCGUAUACGUCCCAUACACAGACGCUGAAAUUGCUCAACAAAAAGCCGACGAGGCGAAGGAUCCCUAUGCUUCACAUACCAACCCUUCGAACGGCACCCUCGUCCUCGGCCAUGCCUCCCCUCUCAACGCGAUGCUCCUCACACACUCGGCAGACUUUGAAGAGAAGUACAUUAUAACGGCCGAUAGGGACGAACAUAUUCGGGUAAGCUGGUACCCUCAAGGAUACAAUGUUGAGAUGUACUGCCUGGGUCAUAGAAAAUUCGUAUCCGCGUUGCAUAUCCCUCAAUCAGAUCCCACAGUCCUGGUUUCGGGUGGAGGGGACCCAGUGUUGAAGGUGUGGGAUUGGAUGAGUGGGAAGCAGAAGGGCAAUGUGGAGGUUGCUGAGGUUGUCGAACCGUACAUCGUUGUGAAAAAGGCGAGAUGGGGUGAUGAUGGUGAGAAUGAUGGUGAGGAGGGAGGUGAGACGAAGAGGAGGGGGAAGAAGAAGAAAGGGAAGGGAAAGAACAAGGGCAAAGGGAAGGCGGAAGAGGAAGCUGGUGGGGCAGGGGGUGAAGAAGGGGAAUCUAUGGCUGUUGAUGGGACUGCGGGAGGUUCUGGUGCAACCUCCGAACCUGCUGCAGGUUCUGAACCUCAAAAAGUUUUGGCAAUUAGAAGGAUAUCGAGUGCUGUGGAUGCAGAUGGAAAAGUGCAUUAUAUCUUCAGUGCUAUCGGUGCAACCGCCGUGUUUUCCUUCCCAUCCCCGGAGCCAUCCCCUGAAAAUGACCCUAUGCUUACAACAACCAUUUCUCAUUUCGACUUUGGAAAGCCGGUCAUUGAUUUCCUAGCCGUUCCCUCCAUCGCUGGUGACCCUGCACUCGUGUUUGUGGUGUUGGACCCCUCGUGGACCGGGAAUCAUGGAGAUGGCUCUUCUUCGGAAAGAACAGAUCGUGUUCGCCUCCUGGCCGUAUCAUCCUCAGGUCUAAUCCAGCCACCAGCUGAAGCGCUGGCACGUUGCGAACCUCUGCUGAAAGCCUUGAACGACUCGGCCUCAGAUAUCCCAGCGUCAGAGAAGGAUCUCAAGGCUUUCGAUUUGUAUUCCGAGCUCGUGUCGUUGCCGAAGUACGUCGCAAGAGGACCCGAGGUCGCGUUCUCUACGAAGGCUGCGGGAGAAGAUAGCGGAGCUGCGACCCCGACUGCAGCCGAUGGAGGGUUGACGAAGAGGGAACUGGGAAGAUUGAAGCGGAUCACGCGGGUGGAGGAGACCAAGGCGAAGGUGUUGGGAGGAGGACAGUCUGAAGCAGGAGCUGCAACGCCGCAGGAUGAUGCUGAAGGCCAGCCUCAAUUGAAAAGGUCAAAGUCCGAGUCGAGUGAAGCAUCAUGA